AUGGGGAGGAAUAACAAGGAGGAAAAUUCCACCCAAAAAAAGAACAAGGAGGAAAAGAAGGAAUCAGACAAGGCUGUUGUUUUGAAAGCACUCGUACAUUGUGAAGGUUGCUCGAACCAAAUUUCUAAGUGCUUGAAAGGUUUAGCUGGAGUGAGGCAUGUUCAGGUUGAUAGAGAACAUCAAAGGGUCACUGUGAAAGGAGAAGUUGUGAAUGAUCCAGCGAAGGUUUUGGAAAGACUUCGAAAGAAAUACAGCAAAAACGUUGAGUUAAUUUCACCAAAACCAAAGCCUGAAAAACAGAAAAAAGCCGAAGAGAAAAAGGAACAGCCUAAAAUCAAAAUUGUGGUGCUUAAGAUGUAUAUGCAUUGCGAAGGCUGUGUAAGUGAUGUCAAGAGAAAAAUUGAGGAAAUGGAAGGUGUUCAUUCUGUGGAAGUGGACAAAGAAAAAUCACGGGUCAUGGUCAGAGGAACGAUGGAUUCAACAAAACUUGUUGAAAAAGUGAAGAAGAAACUGGGAAAGCAUGUGGAGAUCAUUAAGGAAGACAAUAAAAGAGAACCCAAAAGAGAAGGGAGUGAUAAUGAAAAAGGCAAUGAAGAUGUUAAUGUUAUUAUGUAUAGUUAUCCUCCUCAAUACUCUACCCAAUAUCUUUAUCCCAAUCAAUCCUUUAGUGAUGAAAACGUUUUUGCAUGUUCAAUAAUGUAAUGUAAUGCAAAGAAAGAAUGAAGUUUUUAA